AUGGAUAACAGAGCGCGGAUACGGAUCGCAGACGUGCAGGUGCAGGUCUCCCAGAACACAGAGGCUCUUCAAGGCGCACAGAUAGAGAAGAGCGAUCUGACCCGACAGAUUCAGACGCUGGAGAUCGAACUGGCAUCGCAACAGAGUCUGGAGGAACUCACGCAGCUGCGAGCAAACAUCCAGCAGCAGACGCAGGAGUAUCAGGCCCUGCUCAACAUCAGAGUCAAACUGGAGGCCGAGAUCGCUAUGAACUACUGCUGA